CCGAAAAGGACUUAUUACAAAAUUCACUAAAUUUAGAGUUUUGGCGAAAUGUUUGGAAGAAGAAAAAAAUCCCCCCUUCCCCAAGAAGGACACAAGAAGAACGAUCUGUCUAACUUGCUUGGUCUUGAUAUCAAUCCAGAUGAAAUGGCUGCACUAGGUAUUGGGGGGAUAGGAAUUGGUAAUGAUGAUAACGAUGAUGAGGAGGAGGAUGACGAAAGCCUUGAAGCAGAACUAGCAGCUCUACAAGGGCAGUCAUCAUCUAGAGGAAAGAAGAAAAAACCAGGAGGAAGAUAUGCAUUUGGAUUAGAUGAGGAUGACUUUGGAGAUGAUGACGAUGAGGAUGUCGACGAAAAUGACCCACAGUUAUUGGCUGAACUUCAAUGUAUUGCUCCGGGAGAAGAUGGCACUGAGCAUCGUGAUCCAACCCCAGUCUUGCUUCCCACUGCACCAGCACUAACCAGUGGUGAUCAGGGUUCAAAAGGGAGUUCUUCAGAUAUUGACCUGUUGUCAGAAAGAGAGAAAAACUACAAGUUGGCUAUAGAAAAUGCAAAUAAGGCUGGUGAAGGAAGCAAGGCCAGGAGAUAUGGCCGAGGGCUCAAGGAAAUAGAACAGAUGAUCAAGCAAGCCAAAGCAGGAAAGGCUGUUGAUCUGGAUGCAGUUCCUCCGCCAGUGGCCAUUGGAGCUGCUAAACCUCCAGCUCCAGCUCCAGCUCCAGCUCCAGCUCCAGCUCCAGCUUCACAGCCAAUCCAGGAUUCUGUUCCUGCAGCACAAGUGGAUCAGAAAUAUUAUAAAUCUACAAGGCUUGAAGAAACAUCUGGAAAUGAUGUUUCUAGACCUGUCCAAGAUGGCAGUCAAAAGGCUAAGGAAUCCAAGCCUGGAAGUGAAGUUGCUCAAAAUAAAGAGCUUUUUGUGACAAGACGAAAUCAGUACAGAGUAGCUGCCUUGACAUGCAAAAAAGCUGAAGAAAUUCAACAAGCCAAACAGUUUUUGGCAGUGUCAAAGCAAAUAGAUGUAGCUAUUGAAAAGUUAGAAAAAGGUGAAGCAGUGGAUAUUUCACAGUUACCUCCAGUUCCAUCUGUUCCACAAGCAUCAUCAGCUAUGACUCCACCAGCCUCCCAAGAGUCAGUUGCACCCCCUGCUGAAACUGCACCAAACAGUGCAGCUAAAGGAGAUGCAGGAGGGGAAAGUAGUUCAGCCAAAAGCUUGGAGCCUCCCCCUCCCCCUAAAAAUGUUGCAGAGGCUUUGCAACAAAGAUUGGAAAAAUACCAGCAAGCUGAAAACCAAGCCAAACAGGAAGGGAACUCAAGCAAGGCGCGAAGAAUGGGGCGCAUUGUUAAGCAAUAUCAAGAUGCUAUCAAAAGCCACAAGGCUGGGAAGCCUGUGGUCUAUGAGGAACUACCAACCCCCCCUGGAUAUGCACCCAUACCAGGAGUAGCAGCUCCAGAGGAUGAACCAAGUGAAAACUUUUCUGUUCCUGAGUUUUCUGAGCCAAGACAAGGGGCAACACCCCAAACAACUGCUUCUCCUUUGGUUGCUGUUGGUGCUGCCAGCCCUGCUGCCACAAGUCUUUCUCCUCAACCUGCUCUCCAACCCACCUCAUCUGUUCGUAAAUCUCCCAGCCGCAAUGAACAGCAACUCAAUUAUUUGCUUGAAAGACAGAAGGAGUUUAAGACAGCUGCAUUGCAGUCUAAAAAACAGGGAGAUCUUGAAGGUGCCAAAAACUACCUGCGAAUGAGCAAGGGUUUGGAUAGAAUGAUUCUGAGUGCUCAGAAUGGACUUAAAGUUGACUUAGGAUCAGUCCCCCCCUCUCCAUUUGCAGCUUCAAAACCUGCACCCACAAAAGAGCUAAGCUUUGAAAUGGUCCAAUAUGAAGAUUGUGAGCCAAAUCCUCAGACACCAGAGUAAAUAUCUGAGCUGUUUUCAAGAUUAGAGGAUGCUCUUAUUAAACAAAUUGAGAUGUGUGCCAGAAAUAAUCAACAUUACCAGAAGCUGGGCGAUAUAACCAACACUAAAAACUUUGAUAAGAUGGCAAAGAAUUUACGACAGGACCUUGAUUCAGUUCAAAGUGCACGGAAGUACCAGGAUCCUCCACCGAAAUUCCAUUAUGAAGACAGAUCAUUUACAAUUGUGGAUUCAUUUCCAGAUCUGAGUGAUUCAGAGGUGGAGUUAACAAUUGUUAGAGGGCUCAAUAUACCUCUCCCCUCAGGUUAUCAACCAAAGGACAUGUACACCUAUGUAUCUUAUGAAUUUCCUUUUCCAAGUGCAGAUGAACCUCAGACUGGCAGGACACAAACUAUUAAGCACUCUAUCAACCCAGAUUAUAAUGAGGUUUUCAAAGUACAGAUAGAUAGAAAAAAUCGAUCAUUAGGAAGAAUUUUCAAGAGACAGCCUGUCAAAUUUGAAGUCAAAUAUGAAAGGGGCUUCCUCAAAGGUGACAAGGCUCUAGGACAAGUUCAAGUGAAGCUUACCCCAUUCGAUAACAAGUGUGAAAUUCACGACUGUUUUGAUUUAAUGGAUACGGACCGUGGACGAAAAGCGGUCGGAGGGAAACUUGAAAUUCACAUGAGAAUCAGAGAGCCACUGGUGGAUAAAGAUGUGAAAGUUGAAAAAUGGAAAUGGCUUGUUAUUGAUGUUCACUUGACAUCCAGGAGGGCAGGCGCUGUACCUAAGGAGCCCGCUAAUUUGUCAGCAAAACCUGGAAAAGUCACAAGAAGACCAGAUACUGCGACGGAAUUUGCCAGCUUGGAGGUCUUGAAACUAGAAAAACAGAUCGCCGAAAAACAGAUUGCUGGUCAUAAAGCUAAAGGAGAAACGCCUCCCCCAGCCCUCAUACAGCGCUGCAAACAAUGUCAACAGAAGAUAGCUGAAGGGGAAAGGACUCUAUCGAGUGGUGACAAAAACAUAUUGACACACUACAUUCGUCAACUUCAAUCGAAAAUCCCUCAAGAGCAUGCCAAGGCGCAACUAGCUUUGAAAGCUGGGAAUAGGAGUGAAGCUCAACUGUGUUUAACCAAAAGAAAGCUGAUGGAAAACGAGGUCUCUACUCUAAAGUCUCAGCUUGGUAUGGGAUAGAUUUUGAUAACUCUUAAUGAAUUUAGCCAUUAAAACAUCGCUCGCUAAUGGCUAUAUGAUAAAUAUGUGGAAAAUAAUAAGACCGGAAUGAAUUUCGUUUGCUGAUAUCUUAAAUGCAUGUAAAAGGUUUUUUGUGAGGGAAAGUCUAAAGUUCUUAGUGACAAGGUCGAGAAUUGACCAAUGAAAUGAUAAUUUCUCUUUGCACAUAAUAUGAUAUAUUUCUGCGAGGUUUCUCUAUUAAACUCUUAGCUCGUCACUUAUGGAAUCCAGCAAAGUUCCUCGUCGCCCAGUCACAAAACUGAGUAAAAAUUAAGGAGUGAGGGCACAAAGUAUUUGUAACAAGUUCUUAAAAAAUAUCGAAACGUUGUGACUUAUGGUGUUGUUGUUGUUUUUUUUUUUUUUCAUGUCAGUCAACCUAUAACAGUACUUGCGAGGCGUAUUUAAAAUUUUUCUCGCAGUGCAAAAUCUUUGUGCACAGGCAUUUCCAAAUAAACUCUUCAUUUGACUUUUAAAAA